CAUUCCUCUCCUAUUGCAAGGCAGGCGGGAGCUUCCUGCCCCUUCUGUCUUUACUGUUAAACAUGACGUUUGUGGUUAAGGACGAAGAUUUUGUGUCCGUGAACAAACUCCUUUUCGCGGACAAUGGAUCAAAAUUCGUGUCAACACCCACGACUGAGCGACGCCACCUUGUUCUAUUACUUUAGAACGAGUUAGAGCACCCGGAGGAACCGCUUCACCCCCACAUGAAAGACAGAAAGAAAGAAAGGAAUGAUUUCACGGACUUGAAGGAUUACGUAAAUCUCUACAGUAAGAUCUGGGUCGCAGGGGCAGCAACCUCAGCGGGGAAGUCCAGACAGCCGUGUGUCCCAGGGUUCCAGAAGAAUCCCCAAAUUUUCCCAGGCCAGACGAGAGAUAUACUCCUUCAAUUGUGUCCUGGGUUGGCCCCAAAGUCUCCUUCUGGAGCAGCCCACUUGCCUGAAAUGCUUAAGGCUUUCCAGACUGUGGGCGGAGCUUGUCCUUCCAUGAGGUGCGAGACCAGCGUGAGGUAGAGAUGAGGACUGCAACUGAGGAGUCAUCCAAUAGCAGCAACAGUGUUGGAGGUGGUGGCAGCACUGUCCUGCAGCGCCUCCUGCAGGAACAGAUGAACCGAAAUUAUAUACUGCAGCAGCAACAACAAGCAGGAGGAGGUGGUGGAACAGGGGUGGGUGGUGGAGGAGGUUUCUCAGUACAGGGACAGGUAAGCCCCUCUGAUGAUCACUCAAUGACCCCCCACAUUGCCCGGCAAGAGCCGCAGGGACAGGAACUGCAGACUGACAAUGGCUUGGAGAAGUUGGGUUCCACCAGAGCAGGAGGAGGGGGUGGUAGCAGUGCAGGGGGUGUAGGUUUAGGUACAGGUGUAGGAGGUAGUGGUGGAGGGAACAGCCAAGGGCAGUGCCCAAAUGCAGAGGACCUCCCUACAUAUGAAGAAGCUAAGGUGCAGUCACAAUAUUUUCGUGGCCACGGUCCUCCUCCUCAACCUCUUCCACAGAACAGUCCACCACAGCAGCCUCCUCUCCCUGCCUCGGUGGGCACUACCUUCUAUGUCACUGGGGUGAGCAGUGUAAAGGUGCGCACUGAGGGUCGCCCCACAGUGCAGCGAGUAAGUGGUGCAGGGAAGGUGCACCAGGAUGAUGGACUAAAAGAUCUGAAGCAAGGACACGUUCGGUCCCUCAGUGAGCGACUUAUGCAACUCUCCUUGGCUACGAGUGGUGUAAAGGCUCACGCCCCUGUCACUAGUGCACCACUCUCCCCCCAGCCACCCCCUCCAGGGCCACCUGGUGACUACUACAAGCCACACCCUCGUGGCCCACCUCCAGACUACCCUUUCAAAGUAACUGGUUCUCCUACCAAGCAGUGGGAGCCUGGAGGACAUUUUUACCAAGAGCACAGAGGGAAGGAACACUCCAGGGAGGUGCCUCAUGUCCGAUACCAGCCUCCGCCAGAGUAUGGCUCAUUCAGGUCCAGUAAAGACGGUUUGGUUCACUCUCAGAGGCCCCUUCAUCAGCACAGUCCCACCUCCUCAGUCACUUCUUUGGGCUCCUUGUCUCGCACCCAGUCCUCCACUCUCAGCAGCAUGCUGACUACCUCCCACUCCUCUCAUCCUUCCUGCCCUCACCAGCAACCCCAGAGUCAGGGAGAGCCCUUUGCCAACAUGGGGCCUCGGAGUCCACAUGGUAUUGCCACCCACCAAAUCAUGGAGCCUUUCACUCCAGGGCCUAUUCACCCAAUGUUACAGCGGGGGCAUGGUUUCCCUCCUGACACCUAUGGCUCCACUCCAAGGAUGCACCAUCAGCAACAGCAACAGCAGCAGUUACCUGGACAUUUCCCCCUUCCCCUGCUGCAUUCCUACUCCCACCCUCAGGGGGAGCCCUUUGCUAUGAUGGCCCGUGCUCACAAGAUGGUAGAUAUGCUGACAGAGGAGAACAGAAUGCUAAGGCAGGAGAUGGAUGCCUUUCGCGAGAAAGUCACCAAGCUGCACAAGCUGGAAACCGAGAUCCAGCUGGUGUCAGAGGCUUAUGAAAACCUCUCUAAGACCUCCUCCAAGAGGGAGGCUCUGGAGAAAACCAUGAGGAACAAGCUAGAGCUGGAGGUGCGCCGGCUACAUGAUUUCAACAGGGACCUCAGAGAUCGCAUGGACACAGCCAAUAAGCAGCUUGCUAGUAAAGAGUGUGACGGUUCGGAAGACAACCGUAAAACCAUCUCCCAGUUGCUCACACAGAACAAAGAAACACUGCAUGAGAAGGAGAAACUGGAGAUGGAGCUGAAUGCACUGCGUUCUGCCACAGAGGAUCAAAGGAGACACAUCGAAAUCAGAGACCAAGCACUCAGCAACGCCCAGGCCAAAGUGGUCAAGCUGGAGGAGGAGCUGAAGAAGAAGCAGGUGUAUGUGGAGAAGGUGGAGAGGAUGCAGCAGGCUUUGGCCCAGCUGCAGGCGGCUUGUGAGAAAAGAGAACAACUUGAACACCGACUACGUACAAGACUGGAGAGAGAGCUUGAGUCACUACGCAUGCAGCAGCGUCAAGGAGGCUCUCAAAACAGCAGUGUGCCUACAGAAUACAAUGCCACAGCUUUGAUGGAGCACCUGAGGGAGAAAGAGGAACGAAUCCUGGCUCUAGAGGCCGACAUGACCAAGUGGGAGCAGAAGUACUUGGAGGAGAGUGUGAUGAGGCAAUUUGCCCUUGACGCUGCCGCGUCUGUUGCAACUCAGAGGAUCCCUUCGGUGUUGGAAGAGAAACUCAGUUGGCAGUCCAGAAUGGUUCCCAGGUAUUUGUAUUCCUCAACUGUCUCGACCGGAGAACCAUGGAUCAUAGUGGUGACAGCUGCUGCCAGUUCCCUUUGGCUGCUGGAGAAGGUCACCGCCAUCUCCUUCAUUUUGCUGACAUUCAGCUCCAGGCAGGAAGAGUCACACCACUCUACAAACUGCUGCAGAGCGGAUCCAUGGUGGAGGGAGGGACCAGACAGGAGGGACAGGAGAACUGUGUCAUCAGCAAACUUCACCAGGGAUACAUCUACAUCAGUGAUAAGCCACUCUCCCUGCAGCAGUUACGAUACAUCUGUGGAGGCUCGAAUCCAGAAGGAAGAAGAGGAAAUUCUUAUGGCUAAUCGUCGUUGUCUGGACAUGGAAAGCAGGAUAAAGAAUCUCCAUGCACAAAUCAUUGAGAAAGAUGCCAUGAUCAAGGUGCUCCACCAGCGCUCUAAGAAGGAGCCUGUCAAGUCAGAUACACCAUCUGUCAUGAGGCCUUCGAAGUCCCUUAUGUCCAUCUCCAACACUGGUGGUUCAGGACUGCUCCCCCACAGCCUUGGACUCAGUGGUUCAUCAAUCACAGAAGAACGCAAGGACAUUAACUGGAAGGGCAGUCUUGGGGUGCUGCUGGGUCCUGAGUUUCGCUCAGACACUCAACGGACAGAGUCAAUCUCAUCAUCUCCCUCUCCAGUUCUUCCAUCAACCCCGAUGACUGCGGGUCACUCAAAGACAAGCAGCAGGGACAGCUGCACGCAAACUGAAAAGGGUCAGAGUCAGGACACCAGCAAGCCCAGCACUCCAGCACUGCAAAGCAUGACACUGCCAGCUCGCCUGUCCAGCCCCAGCCCUAUCUACAUCCCUGACCGCAUAGCAGAUGUACCAGUAAUUCACAGCAGCAGUGCGGACCGAAGGCUCCCACUCCAGUCCCAUUUACAGCAUCAGGCUCCUCCUCCAGCCCCAUCAAUGCAUCAGGAGUUGGACACAGAUAUUGUGGAGAUCCUCAUCUGAACCAAUGACCACUGUACAACACGUCAUACAAAAUGAGUGACAACACAAGAAUAGCACACAUUCCUGUUUCAUACUGCUAACCUGUAGCUUUGUGUUGACAGACCUAUAUUUCUGGGUGGUUCAUAGUUGUACUUCCAACUUGAGUGUAUUUUUCAAUAUUACCUUCAUUCUUCACUAAAACAUUGUUUAUCACCUUUGUAGGAAAACUCAACAAAGUUAGCUUAGAUUUUUGUUAUCUGAACCAGUUUUGCAAAACUGCUGUGUAAAUUCUGCUAUUUUUGGGAGCUGUGGAGUAAUGCUUAGAGAUGCAGCUUGGGACCAAAUCAUCCCGAUUUUCUUCUCCCCACGUCCAUGCCAGAGGUGCUCUGAGCAAGGACCUGGCACCCAAAUUGCCCCCCGGGUGCGACCCCCCUUGAGGCUGCAGCCUACUACUCUGACUGCACACAGUACUGUGUAAAUGAAUGGAUGGGUCAAAUAGCAGUGGGAUCAAUACAUUAUUAUUAUUAUUAUUAUUAUUAUUAUUAUUAUUAUUAUUAUUAUUAUUAUUAUUAUUAUUAUUAUUGUUAUUGAAAGUUGAAAUCUCUCCUCACUGAUGCUGCUGUUAAAUCUGCAUCUACUUUCACUCCUGUAAGAGAAGCACUUUGAAGGCAUACAUAGAUGAUAUACAUAGAGACAGCUAGCACACCCUGGUUGCAUUAUAACAGUGGCUGGAGUCACUCUUAGCAGAGGGCCUUAAUCAUUCCUUCAUAAAAACUUCAUGUCUUUGAAGAACAAGUUCAAAGUGUGUUUUAGUAGUAGUAUCAUCAGGUCAAGGUCAGAAAUGCAGUGCAUAUGUCACAAGUGACAAGUAUGUUGUGAAUGCACUUUCUUUUCAAUUCCUGUCUUUCAUCUUGCUGGUUAAUGAACAAACAUGUCAGGUUUGAUUUGAAAUAACAACAGACUAGAAGGGUUAUCAGCUUAGAUGCUAUGGCACCCUUCAUAUCAGGUUGUGACAGUUUUGCAUUACUUUAUAUACAGUUAAGUGUUUGGCUUUGACUGUGAAUAUUUUUCAUUUGAUUGGACAGUCUCAAAACUCACCAUCAUAGAAUCUUGACCAAAGAUAAAAGAAUGGAUUUGUAUUCACCCUGUAAAAAUGAUUCUUGUUUAAAUGAAUGUUAAAUAAGAGAUACAUUUACAUGUCACUUGAAAUAACCUUCACGUGGGUCAAGAUAACUAAGGUAACCAUGUUUAGAAUCAAAUGUCUCUAUUCAUAUCAGUAAAUUGGCAUGCAAAUGUAUGAUAUAGUUAAAUAGGGCGUACAUAAUACUAUAUUAUAACUAUAUGUGUGUAUGAUGUCAUGUGUUGGUCAUGCAGCCAUUUCUAGGUUGUGGAAGCAGCUAAUAGAAAAUUCCAUCCAUAAAUCAGGCCAUAAAGUCAAAAAUAUCUGAGCCUGUUUCUGUGAUUUAUGUUUUUAAAUUUCCAAUAAAGAAAAUCCAAAAAUGUUAGACCAAAGAUAAAUGAUGACCAGUAAUUUAUUAGAACUUCAUCCCAGUAAUAAUAUAAUUAGGAAUGCACUGUGUGUUGUAAGUGAAUAUAUCAGACAAGUUAAGCACCAAGAGCUAACCUCACUGGUCAAAAUGAUUUUUUAUUGUAGAAAUCUGACAUCCUUGUGCCAAAUAUAUUGAAAAUCAAGUUGCUUUUCUCCCUGGUAAAGAAAAUGCAGUGGGUUGGAUGUUUUAUAAUUUGAAAACUAAUCUUCAAUCUUAAACUAAUCCGUUGUAAGGCACCAACAAACAGACUGCAGAAGGAGCUCAGACGUCUCUAAUCAGUGUUACAGUACUUCUCUACUUUGAAAGAAAAGCAUUUAUUCACACAUAAGUUGGAACCAGUCAAUACAGUAUUUCACAUACUGUAUAUACUUAAAAAUUACUUCAACAAAAGGGUUGUUGUCAGUCAAUGGAUUGUUUCAACACAACCACAGUCCCUACAACACACGUGUCAAAAUUGUUGUCUAUAAAUAAACUGCUUUUUCCAUUUUUCUUUGAAACUAAUGAUGCAGGUUUUUUUUCACACUUCUGCUGUGUGCCCAUUUCAAAUUAGUUUUUUCUGUUCAUGCCUAAUGCUGCCAGAUUAGUUUCUAUACCAUGUAAAAACUUUGAAAGGAAACAUUUUGUUACGUGAGAGAUCUUUGUCUUCAUCAUCCCCCCUGAGAGCUCAAAUGGCCCACUUGCACCAGACUGUCUCCCCAGUUAACACAAACUGGAGUAUAUACUUUUUGUAUACAGUACUGGUCAAACGUUUUAGAUCAACGCACAGUAUUCUCUGGUAUAGCUGCUCAAGGCUUCAUCCUACAGCAAGAUAAUGACCCAAAACUUUAGUCCAAGCUAUACCAGAACUACCUCAGAAUAAAAACAAAAUGGAAAGCUUGAAAACAUGGAGUGGAUGGCCCAGUCUCUAGACUUUAACCCCAUGGAGCUGGUUUGUGAUGAGCUGGACAGAAGAAAAAUAUGUGAUUUCCAUUUUAGAAAGAAAUAAUGUUACAAGUGAGUUCACUUGUCAAAUCAGCUGAAGAUUGUUUGAUGAGUUGAAAUUCAUAUAUAUUUUUGGAAUAUUAUAUUGAUUCCAUGAUUUUUAUUUUUUAACUUCAGUUUUUUUUUAUUUGAUCCAUGCUUUCAUUCCAGAGUAAAAUGAGACAUUAAACUGCAUACAUUUCAAUACAAAAAACUUUUGACCGGUAGUGUAUGUGAAACCAUGAAGCCAUUUUUUUAACUCCUACUUAACAUUCUAUGUCUUUACUGCUUCUCUUCUCUUGCAAUUUGAGUGUCUUGCUAAGCUCAGUCACUAAAGGCAAUAUUGUAAAGAUAUUGUUCAGUUAUUAACUUAAGUAGUAAUCCAUUUUCCUGAAUGUACAAACUCUUUUCUAAUAAUGUGACAAGACUAUUUAAAAUCAAUUAAAACAGAAGAACUCACUGUAAACACAGUAAAAUGCCAAUAUCUGCAUGAUGAUUAUUGUUUAAGGAAAUGUUUGUUAAACUUGUUCAGGCUAUGUGUUGCUUAAUUUCAUUUCUCUACAAUCACAUGCAAGUUAAAGCAGUUUUAUAUUACUCAUCAGGUUUGUUUUAAUUCUCGUUCAAUAAAUAAGUACUAUAACA